AUGGUCCCUUCCAACGUCGCAGGUCAACCUGCAUCGACCGAGAAAAAUGAAGUCGAAAGCAUGGCGGCUGUGGAUAAGACGCCUAUGCGAUAUUCAGAAGAACGAAAGGAAGCCUUCCUGUCAGGCACACCAAAGCAAGAAGUGUCGGCAGAUGUUGGAACGAUUGAUCAAGUUUCUGCGGGUGGCAUAAAAUCCUCGCGCUUGUAUGCUAUGCGGGGCAAGCUUCUGUAUACGACGGUCUUCGCACUCUUCACCGCAUGGUGGGUGGUGGGCUUGGUUCGCUAUCGACAGCUGGGUUGGGUCAUUCCGACUCUGAUAUGGCUUGCCAUGGCCCUGCGCCUCAUCACAUUCUACGUUCCAGCUCGGCUGAUACUCGUGCCGGUUCGAAAAGCGUGGAAUCCAUGUGCUGCCGCGGUCGACAAACUGAUUCCAGAUGCUCUCAAGGCUCCCCUCGGAGGUCUCUUGACCGUCGCGGUCCUUGUCGUCGUUUCCUUCGCUCCCAGCGACGUCACCGACCACGAAAGAGUUGAUCGGUUGCUGAGUCUCGUAGGCCUGGGCCUUUGCGUGGGAGCGCUCUGGUUGACUUCGCUUCAUCGCAAGAAGAUUGUCUGGUACACGGUCAUCGUGGGCAUCCUGGCACAGUGCGUUAUCGCGCUGUUUGUUCUCCGGACAAGCGUUGGCUAUUCCAUCUUCCAUUUCGUCUCGAACCUCGCGCGAUCGUUCCUCAACUAUGCGAAAGUGGACGGCAUGGCGUUCUUGACGUCCGACGACUUCGUGGCGGGCUCAGGAGGUUACUUCUACCUCGUUGGAGUCCUGCCCGCAAUUGUGUUUUUCGUUGCAGUGGUCCAGCUGGUUAUGUACUGGGGCAUUCUACAAUGGGCGAUCCGCCAUAUUGGACAAUUCUUUUUCUGGCUCCUCCAGGUCUCGGGUGCGGAAGCCGCGGUGGUGGCAGCGACGCCCUUCCUCGGCCAAGGAGAAUCCGCCGUCCUGAUCAAACCAUUCGUUCCGUAUCUGACGCGGGCGGAGCUGCAUCAGAUUAUGUGUUCCGGAUUUGCCACGGUCUCCGGCAGCGGACUUGCAGGGUACAUCGGACUGGGAGUCGCUCCCCAGCCGCUCAUUUGCUCUUGUGUCAUGUCGAUCCCCGCUUCGAUUGCGAUUUCGAAGCUCCGAUUCCCUGAGACAGAGGAAACAAUCACGUCAAAGGCCUUCACUUGGCCCGAACAGCAAGAGGACAGGCCCAUCAACGCACUUCACGCCUUUGCCGACGGCGCCUGGCUCGGCAUCAAGAUUGCUGGAAUCAUUGGUGCAAACCUGCUCUGCAUCAUUUCUCUUCUCGGUCUAAUCAACGGUCUCUUGACGUGGUGGGGACACUAUUUCGGCAUUCACAGUCUCACGUUGGAAACAAUUCUCGGAUAUGUCUUCUACCCGGUGGCUUUCUUCCUUGGAGUCUCGCGGGACGGGGAUCUUCUGAAAGUCAGUCGGUUGAUUGGAAUCAAAGUCGUCGCGAAUGAGUAUGUUGCCUACUCGUAUCUCCAAAGCUCCGCAGAGUAUGCCGACCUCUCAGUGCGUUCUCGCCUGAUUGUGACAUUUGCUUUGUGUGGAUUUGGAAAUUUGGGCUCGCUGGGCAUUCAAAUCGGCGUUCUCUCACAAUUGUCGGGUCGUCGAGUAGCGGAUAUCAGUAAGGUGGCCAUGAGUGCCCUCACAGUGGGAAUCAUCUCCACUCUUUCCAGCGCCAUCAUUGCUGGGCUGGUCCUUACCGAGGAAACUUCCAAGAAGAUACUUGGGUUGUGA